AUGAGGUUUGCCCCUCUAGUCCUGAUUGGUGUGGCCCUCGCGGUCCACACCACCUUGGACCAAGUCCUCCUGAAGCCUCGCACUGAAUACAUCUUCCGCUUCGAAGGAGAUGUCCACACCGGCAUCCCUCUACCGACUGACACUGAAAUCUCGCGCUUCGAGUCGAUGGUGCAUGUGCAGACCCUCGACGACCACUACGCCAUCCUGAAGCUGAAAAAUGUGCGAUUUGCUACUGGAAAGGACGAACGCAAGGAGACCUUCAAGAACAUUGAAGACCUGAAGCUCCGCACAAUUGCAAGGGAGCAUCUCGAACUUCUCGAGCUGCCGGUGAGAUUUGCUUACAGAAAUGGAAUGGUGUCCGAGCUGCAGUUCUUCCACAACGACGAGACCUGGUCGAUGAACGUGAAGCGCUCGAUCAUCAACUUGCUGCAGCUGAACCUGCACAAGAUGGGACGCACAGACGAAACGAACAUGGAGCGAUACGAGAACGUUCGCGAGCUCAACAAUGACUACUUCACCGCCGUAGAGAGGACAAUCGAAGGCGAAUGUGAGGUGGCGUACACGAUCGUCAGGCGGGAGGAGGACAUCACUGAGGUGACCAAGUCCGUCAAUUUCAACAAGUGCACUCACCGCCCACUCUCCAUGUACAACUUCCGCUACCUGACCGAGUGUCGUGACUGCAAGGAGAACAAUGUCCUUGAACCAACUACUGUAUACACGUAUCUGCUUGGAAAGGAAGGAAUCAAGAACGUCGAUGUCCGCUCUGUCUACACCAUCACGAUGGAGAACCAG